UAAAAAAAGAAAAGAAAAAAAAAACGGGUUUAUCCGUAAACCCAAAGAAAUGUUGGAUGAUUAAAUCAGAGCAGCAGCAACCAAAAGCAAAGUCACCACAAUCUCUAACCUUCAAAUUCAAAGCAAUCUAUUGCUACCAACACUAGAGCUUCAACUCGCAGACAGUUUUUUGUUUGACGCCGAAAAUGAAGCUAUCGGCGUUGCAGCAGAGCUACCUCACGCGCCGGGCCAACAGCUUCAGAGGAUCGGCGCAGCUCGAUUCCUCCGGCGACGCCGCGGUGAAGUCGCCGGCGGCCAUUUUCUGGCUCGUAAUCCACGGCGUCUGCUGCCUCAUCAGCCUCGUCCUCGGCUUCCGCUUCUCGCGCCUCGUCUUCUUCUUCCUCUUCUCCGCGAACCUCUACACCGCGCCGUUCCGCGGCGGCGCGGAAGUCGCCGCGCCGCUGGACGUGCCGCCUCCGGCGAACCGGACGGUGGCGAGCCGCGUGGUGGUCGGGCGGCACGGGAUCCGAAUCCGGCCGUGGCCGCAUCCGGAUCCGGUGGAGGUGAUGAAGGCGCACAGCAUAAUCGAGAGGGUUCAGAGGGAGCAGAGGACGCUGUUCGGAGUGAAGAACCCUAGAACGGUGAUUGCGGUGACGCCGACGUACGUUCGCACGUUCCAGACGCUGCAUUUGACCGGUGUGAUGCACGCGCUCAUGGUUGUGCCGUACGAUCUGGUUUGGAUCGUGGUGGAGGCCGGUGGAGUCACCAACGAAACCGCUUCAAUUAUCGCAAAGUCUGGCCUCAGAACAAUCCACGUUGGAUUUUCCCAGCGAAUGCCGAAUUCGUGGGAAGCUAGGCAUAAACUGGAGUCUCGGAUGCGGCUUCAAGCUUUGAGAAUUGUGAGCAAAGAGAAGCUGGAUGGAGUUGUGGUUUUUGCUGAUGAUAGUAAUAUGCAUAGUAUGGAGUUAUUUGAUGAGGCGCAGAAUGUGAAAUGGAUCGGGGCUGUUUCGGUUGGAAUAUUGCUUCAUUCGGAGGAGCCUUCGGCCAUGGUUCAAAGAGAGGAGGAGGGUGUGUCUGUACCUGUGCAGGGUCCUGCUUGUAAUGCUACGGAUAAAUUUGUUGGGUGGCACACCUUCAAUUCAUUGCUGUAUACUGGGAGAAGCGCGGUUUAUGUUGAUGACAGGGCGCCUGUGCUGCCCAGAAAGCUUGAGUGGUCUGGGUUUGUGUUGAAUUCCAGGUUGGUUUGGAAGGAUGUUGAUGGUAAGCCAGAGUGGGUUAAGGAUCUUGAUGCAUUGGGUGGGGUUGAUGAAGAGAUAGAAAGCCCAUUGUCCUUGCUCAAGAGCAGCUCUGUGGUGGAGCCGCUUGGGAAUUGUGGACGGCAAGUUUUGCUUUGGUGGCUGCGGGUUGAAGCUCGUACAGACAGCAAAUUUCCUUCUCGGUGGUUGUCCUCAAGGGGUUACUAAAUUUAAGUGUUGAAACGGUGUAGCAUGGUUGAGGGAGGGAUUCCAUUAGAGGCACCUUGGUUGUUUAAUUAUCUAGACUAUAUUUGGUGUAGAAUUGCAGGUUGUCUAAGUCAUUAGUAUCUGUCUUAACUGAAAGAAUCAAAAUCAUCCCAAGGAGGUUGGAGUAUGAGGAAGCCAUAAUCUCUAGUUGUCUGUUUAGUUAAUAUAUAUAAUUGGUUAUAAUGAUGGAGGAGUUGAUGCUAGGGACUUCACUAGCACCCUAGCACGGGAUUCAUUGAAUUCCUGGUGUUACAUAUGGGAUCAAUGGUAAUAACUUAAACAUAAUUUAAUGCUUAGGUGGCCUGUUCAAUGACUUCGCUACAGCAGGUGCCUUUAUCUCUCUUAACUCUGAAGUGGUGUUUUUGUUUUCGCUUUAAAUGUCAAAAUUCAAAUAACACCAAACUAUACAUGCUGGUGUAUCAGAUUGAAGUUAUUGGUUAACGUCUAAUAUUGCAUACACUUCAGCCCGAUCACUCGUCAAUGACACAUAAGACUUUGUUGUGCAUGUUUGGAGUGGGAUCUUUGCAUUCUUUUUGAUAGAAUAUUUUGUUAUAUUUAAGAAGUUUCCAAAGGUUGAGUUGGAAAAAGGGACGUCGAGACCUUACUUGUGUUAUUUAAGGCUGCCACAUUUUUCCUUGGCCUCUUUUCUUAAUCUAGUCAACUUUUGCUGAUUGCAAAAUAUUUCUGGCUUCUGAAAUUUUUCUUCCCCUGAUAAACCAAAGCUAUUUGUCAAAUAUGUUGUAUUUGUGGUUUUAUUUCCAAAGGGUCUUUUUUAGCUUUGAGAACAUGAGCACUUAAAAAAAAGUCGUGUGCAUUUUUCUUCAAAUCUUGACCAUUCAAAUAUGAUAUUAUUAGUUUAUAUUUGUAGCUUUUAUUUCUUACUAUAAAAAUAGUUCUGAUAAGCUCUCUAUUAGAGGAAUAUUAUGAGAAAUGAUAACUAUUAGUCUAGGUCAUGCAACCAGUUUCCACAUUUUUUUUACAAAAUUGUUACAUUCUGAUUUUAACUGUUACAGAAAAUAAGAGGGAAAUAAAGUUAAUUUUGUAAUUUUAUAAGCAAAAAAAAAAAAAGAACACAAUGUAUUCCCGAAUCAAUCUAGUCCUAAAAUUUCCUCAGGAUGUAUGGAAUUUAUUUAUGGUCUCAUAUGAGGCAGAUUUUUGUGCUUGUAAUUUGAGAUGUGGCAUCCAACAGAUAUAGUAAUCUAUAUUGGGACAUUGUUGUCCAAAAUCCCUGACAGUAUGAUUCUAU